AUGAGUCUUUUAGAAAAACUGUCUGACGGUUUUGAUUCGUUAAAUGAGAAAGAUGUUAAGAUUGAUGAAUACAAGAAGGUGGAUGCCUCUGAGUUAGGUGAAAACUUCAACUAUGACCAGGAGUUUGAAGAGUUAGAGAAAAUGUCUAUCGAAGCCAAGGCCAACAGGACUUUCCUUCAAAAGUUAACCAGUUUUGAAUUCGAAUUGCAUUUCAAGAAUAAGAGGAAUAUGGUUUACUUAUUGGGUGGUUUUAGUGCUGCUGCUGGGUUAUUAUCGGGUGUUGACCAAUCGAUUAUCUCAGGUGCAAGUAUUGGAAUGAGAGAAGAUUUGAAAUUACUCCCUGACCAGCAAUCGCUUGUUUCGAGUUUGAUGCCUUUAGGUGCUAUGAUGGGAAGUAUAAUGAUGACCCCAUUAAACGAAUAUUUUGGUAGAAAAGCUUCAAUUAUUAUAUCCUGUAUUUGGUAUACUCUUGGGGCUGGUUUAUGUGCUGGUUCACGUUCUUAUGGUAUGAUGUACGCAGGUAGAUUUUUGCUUGGUAUUGGUGUGGGUAUUGAAGGUGGUUGUGUGGGUAUCUACAUUUCCGAAUCUGUUCCUGCUGAAGUCCGUGGUAAUCUUGUUUCGUUAUAUCAAUUCAACAUCGCCCUUGGUGAAGUGUUGGGAUAUGCUAUUGCGGCUAUUUUCUUCGAAGUUCAUGGGGGUUGGAGAUACAUGGUUGGUUCUUCCUUGGUCUUUUCAACAGCCUUAUUGGUCGGUAUGCUCUUUUUACCUGAAUCUCCUCGUUAUUUAGUUCAUAAGAAUAGAAUAGGUGAAGCUUAUGACGUUUGGAAGAGAUUAAGAGAUAUCAACAUACAAAAGAACAAACUUGAAUUUUUGGACAUGAAGCAAGCUGCUUAUCAAGAACAGGAAGCUAAGGCAACAGAGAGUAAGGCAAGAUUAUGGACUGAUUUAUUCAGAAUCCCAAGAAAUCGCCGUGCAUUAGUCUAUGCUGUUAUCAUGGUUGGAUUAGGUCAAUUGACAGGGGUUAACGCUGUCAUGUAUUAUAUGUCUACUUUGAUGGGUAAGAUUGGUUUUGACGAAAAGAACUCUGUUUUCAUGUCAUUAGUUGGUGGUGGCGCUUUAUUAAUCGGUGCUAUUCCAGCCAUCUUAUGGAUGGACAGAUUUGGUCGUCGUGUUUGGGCCAUGAAUAUUGUUGGUUUCUUCAUCGGUUUAGUUUUAGUUGGUGUUGGUUACAAGAUUCCAAUUGAGACUAAUCAAAAUGCAGCAAUGGGUGUCUAUUUGACCGGUAUUGUUCUUUAUAUGGGUUUCUUCGGAUCUUACGCUUGUUUGACAUGGGUUUUACCAUCAGAGUCGUUUGAUUUGAGAACCAGAUCAAUUGGUAUGACCAUCUGUUCCACAUUCUUAUAUUUGUGGUCAUUUAUUGUUACAUUCAAUUUCGAUAGAAUGCAAAAUGCUAUGACCUACACAGGUUUAACCUUAGGUUUCUAUGGUGGUCUUGCAUUCGUUGGUUUCUUCUACCAAAUCUUAUUUAUGCCAGAAACCAAAGAUAAGACUUUAGAAGAAAUCGAUGAUAUUUUCUCGAAGCCUACAAGAGUCAUUGUCAAGGAGAACGUUGUAGGUAUGAAGAGAUUCUGGGGAAUUAGCUAG